AUGGUCGAAUUCACGGUGUUCAAGGGUGGCAAGGCGGGCAUCGUCAAAGCCACCUCCCGUCGCGAGAUUGGCCCGCACGACGUCCUGGUCAAAAUCACGCACAGUGGCCUCUGUGGCACUGAUGUGCAUCACAAGGGGUUGGACAUGGGCCUCGGCCACGAAGGUGCGGGCAUCGUGGAGGAAAUUGGCAAAGACGUGACGAUCUUCAAGAAAGGCGACCGCGCUGGCUGGGGGUACAUUCACAACUCCUGCGGACACUGCAAGCAAUGCCUUCGAGGCGCGGAAACCUUCUGUGCUGAGCGCCAGUAUUACGGCACGGCCAACCUUGACCAAGGAUCCAUGGGCUCGCACGCCGUGUGGAAUGAGAACUUCUUGUUCAAGAUUCCCGAUGAGAUCAGCAUGGAGGACGCUGCUCCCCUGAUGUGCGGCGGGGCUACGGUCUUCAACGCCCUUCAGUUUCACGGGGUCAAGAGCACCGACCGUGUCGGGGUCAUUGGCAUUGGCGGUCUGGGACAUCUCGCCAUCCAAUUUGCGGCCGCGAUGGGCUGCCAAGUUGUCGUCUUCUCCGGCACAGAGAGCAAGAAGGAGGAAGCCAUGAAACUCGGCGCCAAGGAGUUCUACGCGACCAAGGGACAAAAGGAGCUCAAAGUGUCAAAACCCAUUGACCACUUGCUCGUCACCACCGCCUCGCAACCGGACUGGAACAUGUACCUCCCCGUCAUGGCACCUUCGGGGACUAUCUACCCUCUUACCGUCAGCUUCGAGGACCUGAAGAUGCCGUACAUGGACAUCAUCAUGGGCGGUCUGAAGAUCCAGGGCAGUCUGGUGGCUGCCAGGGAAAUCCACAAGGAAAUGCUCGAAUUUGCGGCCGUCCAUGACGUGAGACCCAUCAUCCAGACGUUCCCGCUAACCGAGAGGGGCGUCAAAGAUGCAUUCCAGACCCUGGAAGACGGAAAGAUGCGGUAUAGAGGGGUGCUGGUGGCUUAG